UCACACCCAGGACCAAGCAGGAGCAGGACCUCAGCAUUUUGACCUUUUAUUACAAAUGGAGAAACAUGAAGAUGUUCAAUACUGUUUUCAGGACAGAAACUCUUCUUGCAGAAAGGCUUUGCUAUCAACAUCUAUCUACAUAACACUGUACAUCUUCUUCUCAUUGAUUUCAGCAGUUACAGUAUUUUUGAACGUACUGGUGAUCAUCUCCAUCUCUCACUUCAAGCAGCUCCACACUCCAACCAACCUGCUCAUCCUCUCUCUGGCGGCGUCAGAUCUCCUGGUGGGACUGAUUGUGAUACCAGUAAUGACUGUAGCAAUAAUGGAACCAUGCUGGGGUUUUGGGGAAUAUUUCUGUGUGUUUCAUUUAUAUAUGGCUUUUUUAUGUACCUCUUUAUCUCUGGGCAAUUUGGUCUUGAUAUCUAUUGACCGCUAUGUUGCUGUGUGUGAUCCCUUAUCGUACCACUCUAAAAUAACAAUAACAAGAAUCACGUGUUGUAUAUCCAUCACCUGGUGUUGUUGUAUCAUAUACCGUGCUGCUAAUGUACAGUUUUUUGUAAAUUUACAGGUACCAAGUAGGUGUUUGAAAGAAUGUACUGCUGUUGAAGGGUCCAUCUGGGUUAAUAUCACUGACAUUGUAAUUACAAUGGUUGUCCCGUGCUCUAUUAUUAUAACACUUUAUAUGAAAAUCUUUGUGGUGGCCAGAUCACAGGCCAGAAAGGUAUUUUCUAAAGAGGCUGCCAGUGAGUCUGGUGUUAAAACUGUACAGGCAAAUAAGUCUGAGAGAAAAGCAGCAAAAACUCUUUCUAUUGUUGUUUUCAACUAUUUCAUUUGUUGGAUUCCAUCUCUCUUUGCUUUCUUUUUCUUUUCUGUUUUAGGUGAUUAUUUAUUAGCAUAUUUCAUCAGUUUUCUGGCAUUUGUUAAUUCCUUAAUUAAUCCAAUCAUUUAUGCUUUCCUUUAUCCAUGGUUUAAAGUGACAGCUAAACUUAUAUUAAGACGUUCAUUGUUCCAAUAAUAUGAUUCCCUAGUUCUGCAAACAUAGGUUUGAUAUUUGUUCUACAGGUGUUGUAAUUAUUUCACGAAACAAUACACUGACAUGACUCAUCUCACUGUUGUCAUCAUAGGU